UUUAUUUAAGUCCGGCGAACGAGGAAGGAUUGGAGGAGGCAGUGCACGCGUAGCCCCCGAGCACCAUGGACGAGGAGCGAGAGGACGUGCCCUUCAAAGUCGAGUACGCCAAGAGCGGCCGGGCGUCAUGUCGGGGAUGCAAGCAGAACAUCGCGAAGGACGUGCUGCGACUCGCCGCGAUGGUGCAGUCUCCCAUGUUCGAUGGGAAGGUCCCUCAUUGGUAUCAUCAGAUGUGUUUCUUUGGGAAGCAGCGUCCCAAGACUGUAGCAGACAUUGCACAUUUUGAUGAAAUCAGAUGGGAAGACCAGCAGAAGAUAAAGGAAAAAGUUGAAAGUGGGGGUGGUGGAGGCGCUGCUGCCCCAAGCUCUGGCAAAAAAGGCAAGAAAGGUAAAGGCGGGGAUGCUGGAGCAUUUAAAGAUUACACAAUGGAAUAUGCAAAAAGUGGAAGGGCUAUGUGCAGAGGCUGUGAAAACAAGAUCCUAAAGGGUGAAGUAAGGAUCAGCAAGAAGGAUUUUGAUGAUGAACGUGCCCGAAUGUAUGGUCCUGUUGAUCGCUGGCACCAUGUGGAUUGUUUUGUUAAGAAGAGAGCCGAAUUGGAGUUCUUUGAUAGUGGUGAAAAUCUGCCUGGCUUUUUUACCCUGUCUGCUGAUGACAAGAAGAUGGUGAGGGAAAAGCUGAAAAAAACUGAAGUAAAACGUAAAGCUGAAGAUGAACCAGACACAGCUACCAAAAAAAUAAAAACUGAGGAAGAGGAAACAAUGCGCAAACAGAACAAGAUACUGUUCCGGCACAGAGAUAAACUGUCCAAAGUUCUGUCAAAAAAGCAUCUCUCACUCAUCUUGGAGGACAAUGAGCAGUACAUUCCUACUGGUGAAAGUAAGAUGCUGGAGCAGAUUGUAGACAUUAUGACAUUUGGAGCACUUGAACCCUGUGAAGUUUGCCACAGUACAGGAUUCAUGUAUGAGUCUGGCAAGGGUUAUGUGUGUCAUGGCAACCUAACUGAGUGGACCAGGUGCACCAAUGUGGUGAAGGAACCCAAGCGAAAACCCUUCUGUGUGCCUGAGGAGCUGAAGGGGGUGGUGCCUUACUUAUCUGAAUACAAGUUCCCAGGAAUUGGAAAGAGGGUGUGGAUUGACUAUGGACCCACUAGUGCACAGCUGGCCAAAAAGAAGGAAAAUGGACAUGCUGCAUCAGAUCCAAACAAACCAUUAGAAGGAAUGAAAUUUUUGAUCAUAGGGAAAAAGUUUACAAAGAACAAAAAAAUCUUGAAAGAAAAGAUCCAAGAGCUGGGUGGAGAAGUCAUAAAGAAAGUUGCAAAAGAUACAGCUGCUGUAAUAACCACCCCAGAUGAUGUUGCUGGGAUGGACAAGAAUAUAGCUUUAGCCAAAUCCUUGGAUGUACACUGUGUAAGUGAGGACUUCCUUGAAGAAGUGGAAAAGGGUGGAGCAUUGCUCAUGAUACCGAAGAAGAGCAUCGCAUCUUGGGGUGGGACGGUUCAGGAACGAGUUUUUCCGGACAAGAAAUCAAAGGCUGAGUCCCGCUUCACAAAAAGUAUUCCAGACAAGCAGAAGAUCAAGCUGAAGGGAGGUGCAGCAGUUGACCCAGAUUCUGGCAUGGAAGAUGUUGCCCAUGUUUAUGAGCGAGGGAGUAAGAUCUAUAAUUGUGUGCUGGGAAUGGUGAACAUCAUGAAGGGAACAAACUCAUAUUACAAGCUGCAAGUUUUGGAGAGUGACAAAAAGAACAGCUGGUGGGUAUUUCGAUCAUGGGGCCGCAUUGGCACAACAAUCGGAAAUAAUAAGUUGGAGGAAACAGAGGAUCUCAAUGAUGCAGUCACCCAGUUUGAGGCUCUCUAUGAAGAAAAAACUGGCAACCGAUUCUCUGCCAAGGAGUUCAAAAAGGUGCCAGGCUGCUGGUACCCUCUCGACAUUGACUAUGGCCAGGAUGAAGAGAAAACUGCUGCCAAGCCUUUGGUAGCAGGUUCUAAGAGCAAACUGCCUAAGCCUGUCCAGGAACUGGUGGCUUUGAUAUUUGAUGUGGACACCAUGAAGAAGUCCCUUGUGGAGUUUGAGAUUGAUACAAAGAAAAUGCCACUCGGGAAGCUCAGCAAGAAGCAGAUAGAGAGGGCAUACCGUGUCCUCUCAGAAGCAUUAGACCUACUGGGAAAGAUGGAGAAGCCAUCCGAGAAUAAGGAUGGAGCAUCUGGUUCCACAAAUGCAGCAAUCAAUGCACAGUUACUUGACUGUUCCAACAGGUUCUACACACUUAUUCCUCAUGAUUUUGGAAUGAAGAAACCACCACUUCUCAAUGAUUUGGAACUGAUUAAGACCAAGAUUUCCAUGCUGGAUAACCUCAGUGAGAUUGAGAUUGCCUACAGCCUUCUUAAAUCUGAAGAUGAAGAAAACAAGGAUGCUGACCCAAUAGACAAACACUAUGUUAAACUCAAGACCAAGGUGGAUGUUCUGGACAAGAAGUCUGAUGAAUAUAAGAUGAUUGAAAAUUAUGUCACCAACACCCAUGCUGCCACCCACUCUCACUACAAGUUGGGUGUAGAAGAGGUGUUCAAAAUUGAGCGUCAAGGGGAAAAGAAGCGCUACAAGCCUUUCAAGCAGCUUCACAACAGGCAGCUACUCUGGCAUGGCUCCCGCCUCACAAACUUUGCUGGUAUUCUUUCUCAGGGUCUUCGCAUUGCACCCCCCGAGGCACCAGUCACUGGUUACAUGUUUGGCAAGGGUGUCUACUUUGCUGACAUGGUUUCCAAGUCAGCCAACUACUGCAGCACUUCUAAGGCAAACUCGACUGGCUUAAUUUUACUUUGUGAAGUUGCACUUGGAAACAUGUAUGAAAGAAAUGGUGCAGAGUAUGUGGAAAAACUGCCUGCCAAUAAGCACAGCACCAAGGGCUUGGGCCGCACCUGUCCUGACCCCAAGGAGACAGUCAAGCUCGAAGAUGGAGUGGAGGUGCCCUUGGGUAAAGGUGUUUCUUCUUCAGUCAAGAACACAUCACUUCUUUACAAUGAAUAUAUUGUGUAUGAUGUUGCCCAAAUAAAUGUGAAGUACCUCCUAAAGCUAGACUUCAAGUACAAAUACUAAAGUAAAUGGUAAGUUGCAGAUCAUAAUACUUUUUCAAUUGUGUAAGCUAUGAUUGAAGACAAAAAAUAUCGGGAAAAGUUUUUGCACCAUGUUUUUAUAUAUUAAAUUUCAUGUUGAAGUACCUUGGCUAACUUCAGAAGAAAUAUGAAAAGGGAGAGACUUUUGUUGAUAAUCUGGAACCAUAACAGGACAAAAUGAACAUUCAUGAAUUUUCUUUAUUUUU